AUGCGUUUCCUGGCCAUUAGUCUUUUAGUUGCCGUUUCGACAGGACUUGCUCAAGCUGCUCGUGUUGUCUACGAUCUUAAUAUUACAUAUACUACCGCUAAUCCUGAUAAUCUCUUUGAACGUAGAGUUGUUGGUGUCAACGGAAAAUGGCCACCACCUUCUAUUGAAGCUAAUAUACAUGAUACUUUAGUUAUGAAUGUCCAUAAUCAAUUAGACACAUAUACUGCCCUACAUACUCAUGGUAUGUUUCAAAAUAAUACUGGUUGGAUGGAUGGCCCUAUUGGUGUUACUCAAUGUCCUAUUCCUCCUGGUUCUAAACUUACCUAUGAAUUUGAACUUACACAACAUGGUUCUUACUGGAUUCACUCACAUUAUAGGGGUCAAUAUAUGGAUGGUCUUCGUAUGCCAUUUGUUAUUCACAAUACUAAUGAAACAUAUAAAUAUGAUCAUGAUAUAACUAUUCCUUUCCAAGAUUGGUAUCACGAUGAAAGUGAAGUCGGAAUUGCUACAUUUAUGAGUGAAUGGAAUCCUACUGGUGCUGAGCCUGUCCCUCAGUCUGGUUUUUUAUUUAAUAGUGUCAAUGAUAGUCUUUCUUUUGAACCAGGAAAAACUUAUCGUCUUCGUUUGAUUAAUAUGUCUGGUUUCUCUAUGUUUUACUUUAGUAUUGAUGGUCAUGAUAUGGAAGUAAUUGAACUUGAUGGUGUCGAAACCGAACGUCAUACUGUAAAGUCUGUCUUUUUAACCGCUGCUCAACGUAUCUCUGUACUUGUUACUGCCAAAAACACUACUGAUACUAACUAUUAUAUGCAUGCUGACAUGAAUACAGAUAUGUUUGAUAUUCUUCCUGAUGAUCUUCUCUAUAAUCUUACUAUUCCACUUUAUUAUAACAAGAAUAGCAACACAUUUGCCCCUAGUGAAGAUGUAGGUAUGGCUAGUACAUUUGAUGAGAUGGCUCUCAUUCCUAAGCAAAUCGAACGUGCUGAACUCUAUGAUCAGCUGGUCAAUUUGACUUUUGAUUUCCAAGUCACCACUGAUGGUAUUAACCGAGGCAUGUUCAACGAAAUCCCUUAUCUUUCUCCCAAGGUCCCCACUCUCAACACCAUGCUUACCUCAGGUAAUCUCUCUACUGAUGUAUCCAUUUAUGGUCCUCAAUCAAUGGCCUAUAUCUUGGAUCAUAUGAAUAUGGUUCAAGUUGUUGUGAAUAACCUUGAUGCUGGUGCUCAUCCUUUCCAUCUUCAUGGUCACAUAUUCCAAAUGGUGGGUCGUGGUCCAGGUGUAUACACGGGUGAUGAUAGUGUUGUUGAAUGGUUCCUUGAUAAUCCUUCUCGACGAGAUACUAUUCUUGUCCCAGCUGAAACAUUCGUAUUGAUUCGUUUUAGAGCCGAUAAUCCUGGUGCUUGGUUCUUCCAUUGUCAUAUCGAAUGGCAUUUGGAAACGGGUCUCGCUGCUACCUUUAUUGAAGCUCCUGAUGUUGCCCAACAACGUAUGAAAUUACCUCAAGCCUUUAAGGAUAUUUGCACUACAGGCAAUAAUCCUUAUCGAGGUAAUGCUGCUGCUAAAGAAGGAUUAGAUCUUGAGGGUGUACCCGAUGGCAUUCGUAUGAUCUAUGAUGGUUUUACUCCUAAAGGUGUAGGUGCUAUGGCUGGUUGUGUUAUUUCUGCUUUACUUGGUAUGACUGCCAUUGUUUUAUAUUCUCGUCUUGAUCCUUUUAAGGAAGCUCGUGCUAUUGCUGCUACUAAAGCUAGCAAGUUCUAA